AUGAGUGACAAGAUAUCCUCGUGGAAUGUCGUCCACAAGUUCGAGAAGCGCAGUCUUCUCAUUGCCAUAAACUGCGUGGCCGGGCUGUCCAUCCUGUUUUUCGGGUACGACCAGGGUAUGAUGGCUGGAGUGAAUAACUCCAAGGACUAUAUCGACCUCAUGGGUUUUGGGUACACGGAAAUGAAAGACGGCCUGCCCUCUCCCGUCGUCACUGAUAGCCUGCUCCAAGGCGGGAUUGUCAGUGUUUAUUAUCUAGGCACACUUUUCGGUGCCUUGCUUGGUGGUUGGACUGGAGACAAGGUCGGUAGAAUCAAGACAAUUGCCUCUGGUGCACUUUGGGCCAUGCUCGGAGCUGCUCUGCAAUGCUCGGCCCAGAACCACAACUGGAUGAUUUGCGCACGCUUCAUCAACGGAAUUGGGACUGGAAUUCUCAACGCUAUUGUGCCCGUGUGGGCAACCGAGACUGCAGAACAUACUAGCCGUGGCCAGUUCAUUGCAAUUGAGUUCACCUUGAACAUCUUUGGUGUUGUUCUCGCAUACUGGCUUGAAUUUGGCUUAUCCUUCAUCGACGGCGGCGAAUCCGCUUUCCGCUGGCGUUUCCCAAUCGCCUUUCAGAUUAUCUUCUUGAUUGUCUUAUUCGCAGCCGUUUGGUUCUUCCCUGAAUCCCCACGUUGGUUGGUCAAAGUUGGUCGCGAGCAGGAAGCGCGUUAUAUCCUGGGCAGGUUGCGCGGCAGCAAUGAUGAAGAUGCCAUACGAGCGGAGGCCGAGUUCCAAGAUAUCCUCGGCGUCGCUGAGAUGGAGAAGUCCAUGGGCCACAGCACCUCCUACCUUGCCAUGCUAUUUGGCUACAAGACUGGAAAGCUACACCUCGGCCGCCGAGUUCAGCUUGUAGUCUGGCUGCAAAUUAUGCAGGAGUGGGUUGGUAUUGCUGGUGUUACUGUUUACGCACCGACCAUUUUCAGCAUCGCCGGAUUUGACACAGUAAAGAGUCAGUGGAUCAGCGGUUUGAACAACAUUUUUUACAUGUUCGCGACCGUGGUCUGUGUAUUUACCCUGGACCGAAUUGGCCGCCGCUGGACAUUGUACUGGGGAGCAACAGGCCAGGGCAUCGCCAUGUUCCUCGCCGGAGGUUUCUCACGUCUUUCGAUCAAUGCGCGUGAAGCAGGAAACGCAGCGCGGGCAGAAUCAUUCGGUGCUGCCGCAGCCUCUAUGGUCUUCAUUUUCACCGCAAUCUUCGGCGCUACCUGGCUUACAACACCCUGGGUCUAUCCCGCAGAAAUCUACCCAUUAGCCGUGCGUGCAAAGGGCAACGCCUUUGGUGUUGUAGGCUGGAGUAUAGGAAACGGCUGGCUGACCCUCCUCUGCCCCGUAAUGUUCGGUGCCAUCGGCGAAAAGACCCUGUACGUCUUCGCCGCUAGCAACGUAAUCGCCAUCCCAAUGGUCUGGGCAUUCUACCCAGAAAGCAACCAGCGAACACUAGAGGACAUGGACCUACUAUUCGCGGCUGAUACGCCGUGGGUGUGGGAUGCAGAGAAGACAUUUGCCCGUCUGAAGGCCGAGAACCCGGGCUAUGUUGAGACUGCGGCGCGGAAAAACAGCCUUCUGGAUGAGGAGGCUGCUAAGUCGGUCACGCUGGAGCAGCGCGAGAAUGCGGCCUAACGAUGAGAUUGCUUCCUGGUAGAAUGGGGCGGAACAUGUGAUGUUACUAGACACGCGUAUCUAGAGAGCAAAGUGAGCAGUGAUCAGUGAUCCUUGUCAAGGCAGUGCCCAAUUUCGGCGCCAGGUUGUCCAUGUGACGUUGUUGCCUCUUAUUUAUGAGGCUGAGUUAUCUCGUAUUAAACCCCGGCCAAGGCAAUCGUAGGAACUAGGAAGACGUUCAUGAGACUCUAGUAGUCUAGUGUACUGUGUAGGGUUGAAUCAUGCGGGGGAAAACGGAUAAAUGGAAAGCGGAUAAAACCCCCGCAAUCUCCGACAAACUGUGGCUGGUGUAAUAUCACUAGCCACACUAAUAUCCAUCACCGAAUAGCGAAUACACCAGCCACAUAAGUGAAGCGACAAGGCAGAGUAGUGAGGAUACACAGUGAGAAAUGAGAAUAUAAGCCAAAUAAGAAAAUACACUCG